UUUUAUCAACAGUGAUUUAUUUAACUUGAUAGUAAUGGAAAAUUCUGGAUUCGACCUGGACCACCACGAGGCCAUUUGUGGAGACAGUGAUGAAGAAGGAGUUACACGUCUACGAUCUGGUGGAGAAGUGGUUGAUGUGAACGAGGGCCAAGACGAAGCACAUAUUCUCGAUUUAGAAAAGAAACUGUUGGAGCAAGUCGUGUACAGUGAGGAAGAAGCAUACAUGCUAUACUGUGAUUACGCACAAGCCUUGGGGUUUAAUGUCCGGAGGGGGAAGCAAUACUAUUUCAUGGGAACGAAAAGGGUAAGAUCGAAAACUUAUUGUUGUUCGAAGGAAGGGGCCAAGGAUGAUAAAGCAGACACAAGUAGUGGUGUUGGUUACAAAAAGCCCGAAACAAGAACAGGAUGCAGAGCAAUGAUAUCUUUUGCAUGCGAUGAAAGUGGCCAAUGGAAGGUUUCAAGAUUCGUUAAGGAGCACAAUCAUGAAAUGGCCCCACCAUAUGCAAAGCCAUUGGUGAAAUCUGGCCAAGCUAUUUUAGCUGCAAAUGUUUAUGGAAGUGGCGGUGCUUUAGAGUCAUUGAGUGAGCACGAGAAAAUUCGGGAACUUUCGUUACAACUAGCAAUUGCAAAAAACCGAGCUGAAACUUCUGAAAAGCAAGCUGCUACCUACAAGAGGCAACUGCAUAUGAUUGUUGGGCAUAUUGAAGAGCACAAUCAGUCCUUGUCAAACAAGAUUCAAAAAGUUCUAAACAAUGUCAAUGAGUUGGAAUCCAAAGACGGUUUACGUUAUUCAGACAAUGGCUGCAGAUAAGUUGAUUGGGUUUAGUUAAAGCUAACACUAGAUUAAUAAUCGUUCCCAACAAACACUGUGGAUGUAGCGUGACCGCAGCUGUCAAUCUCUAUUCAUUAUUUGUAUAAAUGUGUAAACUAUAGUAACAUUAGUUGUAAGUAUGUUGCUAAGGCAAUAUCCAUGUAACAACAUUCUCUGUGGGCCUCCGCGAAAUUGUUCGUGAGGUUUAGUGGGAAUAAAAAGGUCUACGUUUGAGAUGUUGAACUUC